UUGCUCCCGAAUUUUUAUUCUGAACGGAUGAUGUGCUUUUAAUCAAGCAGGGCGUCCCAGAACACUGCUAAUUACCCCAAGUCGAGGGCUCAGCAGCCGUCCUGGUGACGCUGGGUGCGUGAUAAGACUUUUUGCCGAACAGGUUUCCUGGGCUGGGGACCAGGGCAUCUAGGGCUCAGAAGGCUCCUAGGGGUGGCCUGGGUUUGGACUGGUGACGAGGGUGCCAGGUGAUGGCACCAGGCCUGGGCACAGGGAGGGUCCAGCUGAGACUCACUAGAACAGCUCUGAGGGGUCUCUGUCUGCUCUGAGCACCAGUUUCCACUUCUGUAAAAUGGAACUAAUGCUAAUGGAACUAAUGCUAGAGUCCAGGUGCGGAGCUCCACAGACGUCAUCAUGGUGGCCAUGGUGGUUGGCGAUCAUGUGUCAUCCUGCCACCCAGGAGACUGAGGCCGGAGGAUUCCUGGUUCAGAGCCAGCUGGGGCUUGAGCAAGAUCCUGUCUGCAACAAACAAGAACGCCAAGGAGCCACCCGAAGCAGCCCCUUCUGCUGUAAGUCGGUGACAGUUUAGUUUUGUUGUGUCAGGUGGUAUCAGCUUAGUUUUGCUGUUACAAACGCCCCCUCCCCCUCUCCAAGGCUGACAGCAGGGGCCCCUUCUCAUCACAUCAGCACAUUCACCGUGGUGCCUCCGGCUGGCUCCCAGGACUGGCCCGGAAGUGACUCAAAGUGACUCGGGUCAUUUCUCGUCAACCACAGACAGACCUGCAGCCUCUGCCCAUCCAGGUGACCUCAGGAGCCAGAAAAGAUCUGUUCCGGUAACAGCCAGCUACUGCCGGGUAACAAACGGGCUGCGUCUCUCCGGUGUGCAGUGGAGAGGCCGUUCUCGCUCUCCUGGCCUCAGGUCUGCUUGGACGCGGGUACCGUGGCGUGAGUCUGGCGCUGGCCUUGGGUCUGCCGUGGUUUGAAGAUCUCUGCGCCACGCGUUUGCUGCACAGAAGCUACACAGGCUGAGGCCCACCUGGCAGCUGGGAAGUCCCCUGCAUAGCGGCUUCAGGAAUGGCGGGGUCCAGGCACUCACUUCUCCCGAGUCUCUGCGGGGUCCAGGCUCCCUGCAGAGUCCCGAGGAGAUGGCUGUGGGUUGGGGAGAGGGAGACCUUGGAUUUUCAUCUUUGCUUUUUCUAAUACUGAAUCGCCCAGACAGCACGCCAUAAAAGCCCCAGCGACUUCAGGAGCUUGAUUGACACGAAAAAUGGGCAAAUUAUAGGCUUCUUUUCCCACCGCGCCGCUCAGUCCUGUCACACUGUAGCUGGUGCCGGACGGGAACAGACCCGCUUCUCUGCAGUGUUGGCUCACAGGUUCCUUCUCCCCUCUCGGCUAGACCACGUGACCGGCUCCGGCUCCCAGGGGCCGCUCAGAGUUCUGACUUAGAGUCCCCAUCCCUCCUCAGCUCUGACCACAAAUGCGUUGGCUUCCAGUCACGGAGGCCGGGGGCAGAGUCCUAGGGGCGAAGCCGGAGCACAGUUUGCUUAAUUGAUUUGCUCUUCAUUGGCGCCUUUCCCAGAGGGUCCCCGGGGGAGGGGCAGAGAGCUUUGUUCUGAGGCCGGCUGACCCAAUCCUCCCGCAUCCUCCCCGGCCGCGGCGGUGAGGGGCCGGGGGCGUGGUCGGGGGUGGAGCCCUGGCCGGAAUGUCCCCGUGAGGGGCUGGGCUUGCUCUCACUCCCAGCACCCAGCCGCGGGGGAGCCCCUCGGUGUCUUGGUGGCCUCCUCGUAGAGUCCUGGGCUGCCGAGCUCCGCCCGGACCUAACGAUGCGGCGAGGGAACGGUGCGCGCCCCGGCGAUUCGAUCUGACCUCUCAGCCGGCACCACCUUGGCCAAACGGCUUACACGCACGCCUGCCUCGGCUUCCUCAAGUGUGCUGCCGAGGAAGACAAUCCCAUCUCCCUGGCAGUGGAUGGAAAGCCUCACACUGCGGUCCCCGCAGCCACGCCCCAGCGAGCUGCGGGGUCUCCGUGAGGAGGCCGGGGUCCCCGAGGACCACCCACCCGCAGGCCGCUGCUUGCCUUGGGCUUGGGGCGGCCCCUCCCUCCGGGAUUCUCCUGGCCUUCCUGCCUCUGCCGGGCUCCCACUGGCCUGGAGGCGACCCCACCCUCGGUCCCUUUUGUGGGGAGCGCGCUGGGGGAAAGUCACGGUGUACGGAUCUAGUGUCUCUCCCCUCCCCUGCUCCCCGCCUCUCGCAGUCCCCCGGUCUACACCCCGGGGAGGGCCACCCUCUGUCCGAGGCCACGCCCUCCUCCUGCCUGCGGCCCCACCGCGGCCGGCCUGGCCCCUGGCGUGCAGGCCCCGGGUGCGCACCCCUCCCGGCGAGUGUUCGCUUCUGACCAAUAGGAAAGGGCAGGGGUGAUGUCACUCCUGUGACUGUCAGCCCACCUUGCUGACUCCCAGAUCUUUGCCUCUCUGAUCGACAGCUGUGUCCUCUGCCCUCCCCGCUCUGGCUGGCUGGUGUCCCCGCCUCCCUCUACAGCUGCUUUCCCCCCAGUUCUCUCUCUCUCUCCCUCUCUAAAGAUUUCUGGAUUUACUGUUUUGUUGUGAAAUAAUUUCAAACUUACAGGAAAUAAAGCUCGGCUCCCGCGCCCCUCCCCCAAACCCGGUGGCAGCAGGACGGCCAGAUGGCCAAGCAGCUGUGUCCCCACUUCACCGGCGAGUCACCUGACUUCCUCUCACUGGGUCUCCAUCUGUACCCCAGGCUGGUCUGGAACUCACAGCAAUCCUCCUGCCUCAGCGCUCCAGUCCUGGAAUGCACGAGAUUCGAUGCCCUUUUCCUGGUGGUGACGGGCUGGAUAAGCUUAGGCCCUUUCUACAUGUUCCCGCCCAGAGCUCAGUCCCUCUGCUCUUCCGCCUGGAUUUCUCAAGGUCUCCUUUCUCCUCCUCUCUUAGGGCCCUGGUAACUGUUGCGGCUACUGGUCCUCUGUGUCUGCAAACGGUAGGCGCCUAAUAAAGAACGUGUGAUGUGGCAGCUGCCUGAUCACGGGCCUGGCGCCUCAGGCAUCGUGACUGACUCAGUGUCCCCAGGAGCCGUUUGUCAAGCGCCCUGCUGUCAAGCCUGGCACAACACAAGUGCUGGGUCCUGGAUUCGAAUCCUCAGAGCUCAAACCAGCACCGUGGUCCCUGGGCCUUCAGGGUGGCCCAGCCAGUCAGCAAGGCCCUGUCUCAGAAAGGGAGGUAGAGAGAGGCCAGGCCUCCACAGUCAGCCUCAGCCUGCACUGCUCUGCAGGAGCGUGAGGCAGGAGGAUUGCCGGGCAUUGGUGGCCAGCCUGGGUUACUGUGUCCAAACACAGGUGUUUGUUGGGUGGAGCCACUUGCUCAAGAUGUGCUUUCCUGUGCUGGGGUGGGCGGGGCCUCAGAAUCCGAAACCUUUGUCAGUCACUUCGGGGUGACGGCCCCGCCCACCCGGAGUCUGUGGUGUGGGAACCGGGCGGAGGGCCCACGCGAUGCCCGCUGGGCGGGUGGGUGGUAGCUUUAUUGCGGGGGGGGGGAGGGUUGGUGCCUUUAAGGGGCGGGGACUGAAAGGGGGGCUUUAGGUUGGGAAGUGCCCUUUAGAAGGGGCUUGUGAAACCCCAGACCCCUCCCCCCUUCUGAGACAGGAGGCACAGCCAGGACAGGCUGGCUUUGAACUCCAGCGAUGCCCCUGCCUCCGCUCCCCGAGGGCUGGGGUGACAGCUCUCUCUCCUGUAUCCGUCCGUGCUCUGAGAUGGUCCCUGUGACGUAUGAGCCAGAGAAAAACCUGCUCGGCUUUCACCCGGCACCCGGGAGGCAGAGGGAGGAGGACGUCGGUGAGUUCGAGGCCAGCCUCAGAAAACCAGAACACAGCAGAUAGUCAAGCAAAACGGCGGGCCUCGCCUCCACGCUCAGCCCGCGGCCGCCUCUGGCUUCCGGGGAGGUGGAGGCAGCGUCUUGUUUCGCUGUUCUUCAUCUCCCCACUAAAGUGACAGUCUUCAGCUGCGGCGACAUCCCAGCCACAGCUACGGGGCGACACUGGGCUGGGCUCGGCCUCCGGGAGGGGCGGGCCGGAGGGGCUCCACGGUCUCUGGAAGUUUGGGGAGGGUGUGUCCCCUCGCCGAAAUACAAGCCCCCAUCUCCUUCCGGGUCUUGUCUGUCCUUCGCGCGGGGACACUGGGCCCAGCCACCGGGGUCCCUCGGCCACCACCAUCCCAGAGCUGACGCGGGAGACGGGGUCCCCCCUCCCUGGGGCGCCUCGGCCGGGGCUCCCGGCGCGCGGGGGCGGUGACGUCACAAAGGUCGGCCGCGCCGGGAGCCCAGGGUCACCUCAGAGCGGGGGGUCCUCCGGGACAUCACGCGGGCUGCGCUGUUCCCGGGAGCCACUUCCGCGUGAGGGCCCUGAGUUCGGCCACAGCAGGCGCCACGGGCUUCCCGGGUGGCCCCGGAGAUGCCCGAGGGUCCCCCGUGCCGCCCCGCGGGGGACUCGGCGGCGCGCGGCGGCCGGAGGUAGGGGCAGCCAUGGCGCAGUGGGCAUGGGCCCGGGGGGCCCCGCUGGUCCUGGGGGCCCUCUGGCUGGCGCUGUCUCCGUCGCGCGCGGGCGCGCAAGUGAACCUGAGCUCCGUGGACUUCUCGGACCUCCCGGCGCUGCUCGGGGUCCCCGUGGACCCCCAGAGAGCACGCGGAUACCGACUGGUGGCCAGGCAGGUCGACGCCUGCCUCGCCGCCGACGGCCCUGGGCCCGACAACCGCUCGCUGGACCCACUCGUGCUGGUCCGGCCGCUGGGCUGCGCGUGGGAGCGCGCGGGGCGGCGAGCGCGGAGAGCCGGAGCCGCAGCAGCCCCCGUGCGCCCCGAGGCCCCGGGGAGGAGGCGCGUGUCCAACGACCUGGAGGUGACGGUGCGCUGCGACCGGCCGGCGCGCGUGCUGCUGCCCCGAGGGGGACCGUGCCCGGACCCCGAGUGCCACCCCGCCGUGGCCGCGUCCUGGGCGCUCGCCAGAGCCCUGGCCCUGGCCGCGUCCACGCUGUUCGUGCUGCGGCAGCUGUGGCCGUGGCUGCGGGGCUGGGGCAGCCGGGGCACCGCGGUGAAGACGCAGACGUGCCAGAAGGCGCAGGUGCGCACCUUCACGCGCCUCAGCGACCUGUGCGCCAUCUGCCUGGACGACUACCAGGAGGGCGAGCGCCUCAAGAUCCUGCCGUGCGCGCACGCCUACCACUGCCGCUGCAUCGACCCCUGGUUCUCGCGCGCCGCGCGCCGCUCCUGCCCCCUGUGCAAGCAGUCGGUGGCCAGCACGCACGACGGCUCCACGGACGGCAGCGUGGGAGGCGACGACGCGCCGCUGCCCUGCCACCGCCCCCCCAUCUGGGCCAUCCAGGCCCGCCUGCGCUCCCGCCGCCUCGAGCUGCUGGCCCGGCCCGUCCCCUGCCGUCGCUGCAGCAGCGCCGCGUCCCUGGGGCUGGCCGACAACGUGGCGCCGUCAGAGACCACCCCCGAGCCCUCCUGACCUCGACGGGCGCGGGCAGGGGCGGACGCCGCGCAGGGGAGGUGCGGGGGGGUGUGCCCAAUAAAGAGUUUUCAGUCUGGACGCUCGGCCUCCUGCUGUCCCGCGGCCCCGCCACCCCCACGGCCCUUCCCGCCACCCCACGGCCCGCUUCUGGCAGCAGCCCGGCCCCGCCCCCUCCUGGGUCUCAGUUUCCCCAUCUGUGAAAUGGGCUCAGCGGCGCCGCCUGCCCCACUGAGGACGACUCCGACUUUCCCAGGAUGCAAAGGCCUGCGUGCGGGCGCCGCAUCUGUUGACUGACUAAGCGACCUGCCCAGCUGCCUGAGUGAUGAAACCCGACGGGACAAGGCCACUCACGGAGCCCCGGCCUGCAUCCAGCAGGCGCUGGAUAAGUGUGUAGGGUUCCCCUCGCCCUGUGAGCGGGGGUCCCCCGUUCUGUCGCAGCCCCCCGCCCGGGACCGGGCUCGUGUCCAGCCGCCUCCGGCUGCCACCGGCUGCCAAGAGUCCCAGCUGCUAGGCGCCCGUGCCAGCUCCGCGCCUCCGCCGGCGGGGGCCCCUUCCUGCCUGGCCAGGCGCGCCAUCUGUGUUCCCCGAGAGGGGAAGGGGAAACUGAGGCUCUGCAGAGCGCGCCGGCCGCGGAGUCCCACCCUCGGAAACGGUCUCCCAGGCGGCUUGCCGGAGCGGCGCCUCCGAGAAGAGAAGCCGGAUUCGAACUCCGGUCGCACCAAGGACACGGACUGCCUAGACCUUCCAGGUCGCGUCUGCUCUGGUGCGGGCCGAGCCCCACCCCAUCCUGGUCUGCGGACCCUGCAGCGCGGGACCCCCACCUCCCCAGCGCAUCCUCCUCCAGCCCUCCUCCUCCAGAGCACCCU